AUAAGUUUAUAACAAAGAAACCUGUUUAGAAUCUACGAAGAACCUCAUAGCAUAUUUUUAUUCUUCGUGAUAUUGACCAAAUUCCUCUGUUAAUUGAUUCCAUAGGAUCGAAUCUCAGGGAAUGGGGAUCGCGUCAUCCAUCCAAUUUCCGCCGGCAAAACCGGAGCAAGAGAAACCGGAAGAUUUCAGUGAUUGGCCAUAUCCGAUGACAGCUAAUGCAGAGUUGUUGAUAAAGAACAUCCAUGGCUUGUUCCCACCGAGAGCGGGAGAAUCAUCAACUGAUGAAGCCGUAGAAGCUAGGUAUUUCGAGUUCUUGAGAGGAGGCUGUUGCAAAGAUGUGGUUAAGGCUCUGGAAGAUUGUGAAGGACCUCGUAGCACUAAGUGUAAGGAGAUCGCUGGGAUGCUGUUCAAUUGUAUGUAUUCUCACCCUGAUUACUAUCAACCGGUUAUUGCUGUGUUUGAAGCUUCUGUCGAACAGUUAGACAAGGACCUUAAGGUCUUUCGUGCAAAGAAACAAAGAGAGGAGAGCUUUGAGAAAGCUAAUCUCUUUAAGGGCUUUAAGAGAUUCUAGGGGAUGUUUUUUUCUUCUUCUUAAUAUUGGAUUUCAAUACUUGUUUUGUUUGUUAAUAUUGCUUCAGAAACAUAACAGCUUAACCAGAGAUCAAUUAAGCUCAAACCAAAACAUUAAUCAACUUUGUCAUUCUUAUCAGCCUCCAUACAUGGCCAUAUGAUAUUGUUUACCCUUUUUAAUGUAUAUUUGACCUUAUCUACUAA